AUGGCUGAUCCAGCCAUAUCUCCAAAGAAUUCUGGGCAAUGGCGCUGUUCGCGUUCCCGGUCUACGCUCGCGCGACAACCUUCAAAUCGCACUCGACUGUACACUGCACUUCGUCGGUCACACAUCCGCGGGCGCGUGGCUCUCGCGCCGAGUGCAGCGCUGCUCGUCCUACUGCGACAGAGGUCACCCAUAUUUUGCCGAAGUGCCAGUUUGUACAGAUGGAGGAAGAGGAAAUUCUCGGUGUUCAAGGAACUUGGCAUACCUGGGCCGGAGCCUAGCCUUAUUUUCGGCAACCUGCUUGAAAUCCGGAGAAAGGGCAUGGGCACAGUGACGAGCGAAUGGAUGAAGAAGUAUGGUGACGUCGUGGGCUACUACAACGGCGUCAUACCUGGAAUCAUUAUUCGAGACCUUGAACUUAUAAAACGUAUCUACAUCCAAGACUUCCAGAAUUUCACAGGACGACGGGUCACGUCCGCCGUGUCAAAAAACCUCGCCGUCAACGAAGUUCGAAUAAGCAGAGUGAGUGGCGAAGAUUGGCGCCACUUGAAGAAAAUCAUGCUUCCCGCCUUCAAGACAGCCAAUGUCAAGAAGGCCGUGCCGAUGGUGCAAGAAUGCGUCGAAGAGUGUUUCCGGGCGAUGGACCGCAAGCUCACAGGCUCAGACGGCUGCAUCGAGGUGUUCGAGCCAUUCUGCAUCAUGGGCACUGACUUCGGUCUGCAGUUCUUCGCCGGCGUUCGCACGAACAUCCAGCGGGGCGACGCCUCUUCGCUGGCCCUAUACAAGGCAGCGCGCAAAAGCGUAGGCCAGUUUGGAGGCAGCAAGCUUUUCUAUCUCAAUCUCCUCCCUCCCAGUCGAUUACUGCACAAAAUUAUCUUCGCCGUGCAGUCGAUCUUCACUCAACUACCCUCGGAUGAGGUGAUAGAGAGGAUGCUCCCUAUAAUCAAUCACCGCCGAGAAAACCCUGACCCCACCAAGGAGGACCUACUUCAAUUGCUGCUAAACUCGGAAAAAGAAGAUAGGAAGAACAACGGAAAAAUUGAAGGCAAGUGCUGA